AUUCCUCAACCCCAACCUCCCCCUUUGUCACCUCAACCCCAACCUCAACUUCCUCAACCCCAAAUUCCUCAACCCCAACCUCCCCCUUUGUCAACCUCAACCCCAACCUCAACUUCCUCAACCCCAAAUUCCUCAACCCCAACCUCCCCCUUUGUCAACCUCAACCCCAACCUCAACUUCCUCAACCCCAAAUUCCUCAACCCCAACCUCCCCCUUUCUUUCCCGCCGGGAAGCGGCGCCAGGCCGGGGAAUCGGGGCCGACGGCAGGAGGAGCGGAGCGAGCCCAAGGGCAAAGUUCCUUCCGCACAGGCGAUUCUUCCACCGGGCCGAGGGAUUUUGGGCUUUAACCGGGUGGCAAAGAGCAAAGAGCCGAGCAAAGUGGUUAAAAAGGGUUAA